AUGGAUCCAGUGUAUUCAUUUGAUCCUUCACUCCUGGAGCUACCAUGUGUCCGUCAUCAUGCUCGAUCUUCUUCCAAGGCGUCUUCCAUAUACUCGGCUGUGUCCGCGGUAGAGUCUGCUCCGGACUCGGCUUGCACCGGGCUGACGACACCCCCCCGUGCCAGUCCUCCCGUUCAUCAACAUGGCCCUGUCUUGCUGCCCAAGAUUCGUCCUCAGGACCAGCAUAUCGAUGGGUGUCAGCCUGCCCAUCGUGCCCCCCAUCAUACUCCUGUAUCAAUGAGCAAGCUUCAUCGUGCUCGCAACACUGCUCCUGGUUCCACCAGAGCGUCGUCCGUCAAAUCCGUGCGAUCUAGCCAUGCGCGAAGUUACAUGACCCCAGAGGCGCUCACCAACAUGGCUUACGCUCACCUGUCGUCUUUCCCCUCCGGGAGCUCUCUUCAUGAACAGCAGUGUUUGUCAAGCCCGGCUCCCCUUCUAUCCUCUCCGGCCAACUUUCAUAACCUCAACGGCUGCCAGAAUAGCAACAGGGACAGCAACGCAAGCAUGGCAACCGCCGAGCCAGAUGUCAUGUCUACCGUCCCACGUCAAGCGUCAACAACAUGUUAUGGCCUUGAUGCUAGCACACUUGGCAAGUACGGUUAUCCAACCUAUCGUCAAAUACCAUUCAUGGCCACGACUACACCUGCAUUGCAUACCCCGCCUCCAGAGUUUUCAUUUCCAUCGUAUGAUCCACGUUCUCAGUCACCCUUGAGUCUUGAUGGGACGCCGGAGCCGGUUGCUACUCCUCCUACAUCCUCCACAACACUUAUAAAUUACCUAAUGGAGUCCAAUCCUGCUGCUUCCCUUGUUCGCACAAUCUCGUUCCCGAUGCGAGACCCAAGCAUCAGACACUUUUGGUGGGACGUUCGCAACAUUCGCCCAUGGAGCUCCUUUAAUGCGCAGACUAUAUUUGCUCUCCCGGGCGCCUCGGGGCUUCUGACAACGCCUGUGCCUGCCUCUCUCCUUCCGCAGGCCAGUAUGUCUUCCCGAAACCCUGAGACUGAGGUCUCCCUCCACAGCAUUUACACGUCAUACUACCUGCCUAAGCUCAACUCUGCCCUCGCCAUCUCUUCCAGCCGUCGUCUGCAAUUCUCGGUACCAACCAAGUCGUCCAGCAGCGUCAAGGACUUGCUCUUCGUUGCGAAUGCGGCUGGAGAAUCAUCUAGUGCUGCCGCUAUCUUCGGUGGAAAGCCUCUGGCCAGAGUGGUCGGUCUGGUUCGGAGCUUCGAUCGCUUCAACACCGGCAUGCGAGUUGAAGGAAAUGUAAAGCGGGUAGAGUACCUCCGUGGCCUGUCGGCUUUACACCACGCUAUGCGCGAGCACAGCUGCAGGUACGGCUUCAUUCUUACCGAGAUUGAGCUUGUUCUUGUUCGCUGCGGAACAGAGUCCACUCCCUUCUUCGGCGAUCUGGAGGUCACCUCUGUGCAGCUCUCUGUGGCGGCACCUGAUGCCAAUGGUGUAGACGACGCGGAGGUUUCGACCCCGUUGACUGCUUGCCUUGCCCUCUGGGGCAUGUGCCGACUUGCUAGCGAUGAUACGCCGGCAGGACAUGCUCAUUGGAGGGCAGAGAUUGGCGCUCCUGCCGAGGGAACACGGCGCAAGGCCAAGCCUCGCGACAGCUGGAUGCCACAGCCUCAGCUGGCAGAGAAGCGAGAGGCAAAGCGCAGUCGGGGAUGGAUAUGGCCCGAAGACGCAAUUGGAAGAAAGGAGUUGGGAAAGCGAGGAGUCAAAUAUGCGGGGAUAUAA